GAAAAGUCUAUUUUGAUGCAAAAGCUAAAAAAGUUUUAUUUCAGUUGUAUAUGGUUUUCUUGAACCAUAUUGAGUUUAGGAAAGCACUGCAAACCUACUCAAUUCAGAGAGGUGUGAACCUUAAGUUGAAACCUAAUAAAAAGAAAAGGAUAACAACAAAGUGUGUGCAUAAAAGUUGUCCUUGGCAUAUUAGAGGAAGCAUACAAGGCAGCACUGAUGAUUUUAGGGUGGUGACUUACUUUCCUGUCCACAAGUGUUGCAAGAAAACAAGAAACAACUUGUGUAAUCCACCUUUGAUUGCUAAACAUUUUCUGGACAGAAUUACGAGUGAGGCUAAUAUUAAGUUGCAUCAAAUCCAAUCCUUGAUUAGAAAAAAAUAUGGAUUGUAUGUGAGUAAAACAAGUUGUAGAAGGGAAAAAAUGAUAGUUAUGCAGGAUCAUAUGGGUGAUUACAAAGAGGAAUUUGCUAGGCUUUAUGAUUAUGCUGAGGAGUUGAAGUCUACCAAUCCUGGCACUACUGUUGUGGUAAGGACUUCUAAGAAUACAAUUCCUGGAAAAGAGGUGUUUAUGGGAUUUUAUGUAUGCCUUGGAGCACUGAAAAGUGGAUGGUUAGAGGGGUGUAGAAACAUCAUUGGUUUUGAUGGUGCAUUUCUCAAAGGGGUUUGUAAGGGUGAGUUGCUGUCUUGCAUUUCCAAGGAUGGCAAUAAUCAAAUGUACCCUGUUGCUUGGGCUGUAGUUGAUAAAGAAUCCAAGGAUACAUGGUCAUGGUUCAUUAGGUGUAUCAAGCAUGAUUUGGAGCUGACAUUAACUGAAGGUGAAGGAUUGACAGUAAUGUCUGAUAUGCAGAAGGGUCUUCUUGUGGCACUUCAUGAUUUACUGCCAAAUGCUGAGCACAGAUGGUGUGCUAGGCAUAUAUGGGCCAACUGGAAGAAGGAAUGGAGGGGUGAGGAAAGAAGAAGAAGAAAAUUCUGGCAGCUAGCAAGAGCAUCAUUUGAAGUUCUUUUAACUAAAAAACUUGAUGAGAUGGAUGAGCUAGGGGAAGGCAUUAAUGAAGCCUUAUUUUAAUACAAAAAGGAGACAUGGUUUAGGGCAUAUUUAUAGAACACAACAAAUGUGACAUAGUUGAGAACAACAUG